CUUUCAUACCUCUUUUUAUUAUCUAUGACUUCAAAGGCUACCAACGAACAAGAAGAAGAAGGAAAUAUUGGAAAUUGGUUUACAAAUUGGUUUUUCACAUCCAAAAGUGAAGAAACAGAACUGAUAAGUAACCAACAAGAGUCGAACUAUCAAAGAAACCAGCAAACAUUAUCAUCAUUAAGAUCACAGAAGCGACGAGAGAGUCCUGUAGGCACUAAAUCCUAUUUAGAUGCACCUAAAAUGUCUCCUCAAACUGGGUUAGGUAGAAAGAUGACUCGUAGGCGACUUGAGUUGACAAAUAACAAUCUUGUGGUGGAUUGUCCUAUACCGGACAGGCUCUUGAGUGCACUGACCUUUAAUGAACAUGAGGAAUUCUCUAAGCUUCGAUAUACGGCAGUUACUUGUGAGCCUGAUGAAUUUGAAGCAAAAGGCUUUACCUUGAGACCAAAAAUUUACAAAAGAGAAACAGAAUUAUUUAUUGUGAUGACUAUGUAUAAUGAAGAUGAAAUCUUAUUAACUAGAACAUUACAUGGUGUAAUGAAAAAUAUUGCUCAUAUCUGCAGUCUAAAAAAGAAUCCUGUUUGGGGACCAGAAGGAUGGAAAAAAAUUGUUGUUUGUAUUGUAGCAGAUGGUAGACAAGUAGUGAACAAAAGAGUCUUGAACGUACUUGCUUCGAUGGGAAUAUAUCAAUCAGGAAUAGCUAAAAAUAUUAUAGACGAUAAGCCUGUCAAAGCACAUAUUUAUGAAUACACUACACAAAUUUCAAUUGACUCGGAUAUGAACAUUAAAGGAUCAGAUAAGGGAAUCGUUCCAGUUCAGGUUAUGUUUUGCUUAAAAGAAAAAAACGCAAAAAAAAUUAAUUCGCAUCGUUGGUUCUUUAAUGCAUUUGGACCUAUCAUUCAACCGAACAUAUGUGUUCUAUUAGAUGUAGGAACACGUCCUGGUAACAGUAGUAUCUAUCAACUUUGGAAAGUAUUUCAUCGUAACCCCCUAAUAGGAGGUGCGUGUGGAGAGAUACGUGCAAUGACAGGGACAGCAGGAUAUCAACUCUUUAUUAAUCCACUUGUAGCAGCUCAAAAUUUUGAAUAUAAAAUGUCUAAUAUCCUUGAUAAGCCACUUGAGAGUGUCUUUGGAUACAUCAGUGUCCUACCUGGCGCGUUUUCAGCUUAUCGUUAUGCAGCCCUAAAGAAUGAUGUAAACGGACAUGGACCACUGGAAAAAUAUUUUAUGGGCGAGGACUUACACGCAACCAAUUCAGCAAAGUCGAAUCUAUUUGAAGCAAACAUGUAUCUUGCUGAGGACCGAAUCCUAUGUUUUGAAUUAGUAGCCAAAAAGAAUGAGAGAUGGUUAUUGCAGUACGUUGACAGUGCCUUUGCAGAGACUGACGUACCUAAUCAGCUACCGGAAUUUAUUUCACAACGAAGACGAUGGCUUAAUGGAUCAUUUUUUGCAGGCAUCUAUGGACUUAUUCAUUUUAGAAAGUUUUGGAAUAGUGGACAUGGUGUUAAUCGAACUUUGUUACUUAUAAUUGAAGGGAUUUAUAAUAUGAUUAGUUUAAUCUUUAGUUGGUUUGCUGUGGGCAACUUUUAUAUUGCAUUCUAUUUUAUAACAAAAAGUUUAUCAGCAUCAAAUGUAGAUCCAUUUGGGAAUGGAUGGGGAGGUAGAAUAUUUGACUUGUGUAAAUACACUUAUGCUUUUUUGCUAUUUAUCAUUUUCAUUUGUUCUAUGGGCAAUCGACCUCAAAGUUCAAAAUUUUUGUUUAUGACAUGCUUGAUUGGAUUUGCAUGUAUUAUGUGCUAUAUGCUGUUUUGUUCGUCAUGGCUCAUCUAUAAAGGAAUCCAGUUAGCGGCUAAAAAAUAUAAUUGGACUUAUGAUACAACAACUAAUUUUAAUAUUGCAAUGAAUGAUUCAGGAUUACGAAAUAUGAUCAUUUCUUUAGGAUCAACUUAUGGUAUUUAUUUUGUUGCAAGUUGUUUACAUUGUCAGCCUUUUCAUAUGUUUACUAGCUUCUUGCCUUAUUUAUUACUUUUACCUGGUUACAUUAACAUUUUAAAUAUCUAUGCAUUUUGCAAUACACAUGACGUAAGCUGGGGGACUAAAGGAGAUAAUACUACUGCAAAGGAUCUUGGUGUAGUUAAAGUAGAAGAACAAAAUAAAGGAGUAAAAACUGUAGAAAUUGAAUUACCUGCCGAUAAAUACGAUAUUAAUUGUCAAUAUGAUGAAGUAUUAUUAGCACUUGAUGAAAAACCUCUCAAGCACCAAGUAUGAACCAACAAUUAAAAAAUAAAAUAAAAUGGGAAAUAUUCAUUCAGCUGACUUUUUUUUUCUUCUUUUAGG